AUGCCGAUACGCUGGUAUCAAGCAAAGCUGGCCAAGCGACCGCUUUUGACUCAGUCCGUUACAACCGCGGUGCUUUUUGCCGCUGGCGACACACUUGCCCAGCAGGCGGUGGAGCGGAAAGGUAUCAGAAACCAUGACAGCGCUCGGACAGCUCGAAUGUGCUUAUACGGCGGCUGUGCGUUCGGUCCAGCAGCCACCAAGUGGUACGCCUUCCUGCAGAAGCACAUCAACUUCCAAUCGCAUAAUGUGACAAUAUUGGCGAGAGUCUUCGCGGAUCAAACGAUUUUUGCGACAUGCCAUCUUGCCUUCUUCCUCUCAAGCAUGUCGGUAUUGGAAGGAAGUGAUCCCAAAGAGAAACUCGCAAAGAGUUACCUGCCGGGGCUCAAGGCCAACUGGACAGUAUGGCCGCUGGUUCAGGCGGUGAAUUUCAAGUUAGUCCCUCUUGAGCACAGGGUUCUCGUUGUGAAUGUUGUGAGUCUAGGCUGGAACUGCUUUUUGAGCUAUCUGAAUAGCUCGAAAUAA